CAAUUCAACACCUCAAAACCCAGCAAAUUUGAGAAUUCACAGACGUUUGUCGAUCGUUCGAACAACUCAUUCGAUUGAAGAGAAACAAAGUUUGGAUUCGGUCGGUCCAGGCAAAGGCUUCACAUCAUGUUCAAAAAGUCAAUUGAGGCAAAGUCACUACAACGCUUGUCUGGGGCUGAUCGGAAGAAGUUGAAAAGGACCAUAAAGGAAAGGUUCCCACAGGCAUCAGAUGCUGAUAUUGAUGUCAUACUUCCUCCCAAGGCAGAGAUAACCAUUGCAAAAUUCCCUAACCGAGCCCACGUAUAUGGUGUAGAGGGAGGCUUUCCUAUGCUUUUUGAUGUUGAUGGGCGAGGCACUGAAAUAUUCCCCACAGUUUAUGCACUCUGGAAAGUUCCUGAACUCUUGCCAGCUUUCAUGCUCAAGGGGGGUGAAGUGUCUCGUUAUGUUAUCGGGGGUGCAGAUUUGAUGUUCCCUGGUAUCAGUAUACCUGUAGAAGGUCUCUCUUCAUUUUCAGCUGGGCAACCCUGGGCAGUAAAAGUCCCCGGCAAUCCAGCUCCAAUUGCGGUGGGAACAACUACUAUGAGUAGUACGGAAGCAUUAAAAGCUGGUUUGAGAGGAAAGGCUCUGCGCAUCAUGCACUACUACCGGGACACACUUUGGGAAUCAGUGGAAGCUCACUGUGUCCCAAAUGCAGGUUUUUUGGAAGAUGUUGUGCUUGAGGAUCCUUCUAUAUCAUCAGUUAGUCAGACAUCUGAUUCCUGUGAGAAUGUUAAUAAAACUUCAAGUGAUCAACAAGAUGGAAUUGACCAUGGGAAAGGGGGAGAAGUGGUGGAUGCUGCAGGUUUACAUUCAGAACAGGAUCUUGCUAGCUCAACACAUGUUUAUCUUAGGGAAGAUGUUCCAGAAGAGAUAACUGCAGAUGUGGGUAGUUUAAAGAUUACAGAAAAUAUUUCUGCUGAAGAAAAUAGUGAAAAGGACCAGAAUAUUCUAUCCACAAAAGAAAUUGACGCCUUACUGGACAAAUGCCUUUUGCAAGCCUUGCACACAACUGUUAAAGGCAAAGAGCUUCCAAUUCCUGGAAGCAUGUUAUGGUCAAACCACAUACUGCCUUGCAGGCCUUCAGGUGUUAGCCUAGACAUAAAAAAGUCAUCACACAAGAAGCUUUCAAAGUGGUUACAAUCAAAAUCCACUUCAGGAUUGAUUUCAGCAAAGGAAGAUAAACAUAAGAAGGAGGUUGUCUUGUUAGCUGUUAACCGCAGCCACACAGAAUAUACAUCCUUCAAGCCAGAGAAGCGGCAAGCACAGAUAGUUGAUCUGAGCAAUGAUUCCACAGUUAGUGAAGGGCGCACACAGAGAUCUCAGUUUGAAGUGGCAGAGAUCUAUAAACCAAGUAUACAUGUCAAUCCCAUUUUCACUGCUGUGGGAGCUGACACUGGGAAAUUUUAUGGUGCGCCAGAAGCCACUGAAGUUGUGUUCAGGUAUAUUGGGAAUGAGAAUUUGGUGAAGCCAACGGACAAGGCCAUUGUGGUUUUAGAUGCAACAUUAUGUGAUGCAAUCUACAAGGGAGCAAUUAAAAAGGGGUCCAGUUACCCGACUGAGAUUCAUAAGAAGGACAUAGGUUCUGCAUUCAUAAAUCGGAUGCAAUCCCACCACCGAGUGACAAGAGGAAACGAAUCAGUUGUCAGGAAAGGUGCCCUGAAAACUGUUCAGAUAAUGACAGAACGGCGGCAAGGAAAUAAGAAAGUUACUAGAGUCUCAGGGCUAGAAUCAUUCUUGGUGGAUGCUGAAACAUUGGCUUCAGAACUGCAGAAGAAGUUUGCUUGUAGCACAUCAGUAACUGAACUUCCAGGCAAGAAGGGAUAUGAGGUGCUGGUUCAAGGGGGUGUUAUUGAUGACCUCGCCAAACACCUAGUGGAACAUUAUGGCAUCCCAAAGAGAUACAUAGAAGUGCUUGACAAAACCAAGAAAUGAAUACCAUCGGUCUCUUGUUUCAUCAGACUUGUAUUGUUGUAAAUAGAAGAAGCAAGUUUUUAAAGAUCCUCCGGCUCUGCAAUCUUCCCAUACACUCGGUGAGACGGAAUGAAGGGUCAGUUUUCUUCUAUUUGAAGUUAGUUGGAGCUUUUUA